AUGAGCCGCAGCCCGGAGAGGAUCUCGUCCUACCGCCGUCACUUUGAGGACAACAGCAGCUCAUCCUACCAGGUCAGGGUGUCCAGCCCAUCCCCCACCAGGAGAGAUGCCCGUAAUGCCUCCGCCGGCUACUCCUGCAGAGCCGGGGCCAGCAGCAGCAUGCGUGUGGAGUCAGUGGGACGAAGGACUGUUUCAGCUGCACGCAGGACUCGCAUGGUUGGAGCAGGUGCAAGUGCAGGAGCCAUGGUGUGUGUUGGGCCUAGUGGAGAACCUGCUAUGGAUCUGGAUGUGGCUGCAGUUGAAAACCAAGAAUUCCUCAGCACCCGCACCACUGAAAGACAGGAGAUGAUUGUCCUCAAUGACAGACUGGCUGUAUACAUUGACAAGGUUCGAUCACUUGAGCAGCAGAACAAGCUGCUGGAAGCAGAGAUCGAGGCCUACCAGAACCGCUUUGAGAGUCCAACAGGUCUGCGUCUCUUAUAUGAGGAACAGCUGAGGGAGCUGAAAAAGAUCGCUGACCAGAUGAGAGUUCAGCGGGACAUUUCUGUGGCUGCUAAGGCGUCCACAGCUGUUCAACUAGAGGCAAUCAAAAUCAAAUAUGAGGAGGCAGUGGAGCUGAGGAGGAAAGCUGAGUUAGACAUUGAAGCCUUCCGUCCGGAUGUUGACAAGGCCACCUCCUCCCGCAUUGCCUUGGAGAAGAAGCUGGAGCAGCUGGAAGUUGAAAUUGAAUUCCUAAAACGGGUCCAUCAACAGGAAAUUGAGGAGCUCAUGAAACAGAUCUACGCGGCUCACGCCUCAGCUGAGAGUGCGUUCACCCUGCCUGACCUGGCAGCUGCUUUGAAACAAAUCCAAAACCAGUAUGAUGACAUCUCAGCCAAAAAUCUUAAGGAGAUGGAUUCAUGGUAUAAAAACAAGUUUGAAGAUUUGACCAGUAAGACGUCACGCCACGUAGAUCAGGUUCGAGGCUUUAGAGAUGCAGUAGCAGAUGCCAAAAAGGAUAUCCAAGGCAAAGACCGUGACUUGGAUUCCCUGAGGAGCAAGAAUGAAGCCCUUGAGGCCCAGAUCCGAGAAGCACAAGAGAGGCACAAGAAGGAACUGGAAGAACUGCAGGCUCGGAUUGAGGCCCUGCAGCUUGAGCUGAAAUCCACCAAGGAGAAAAUUGCGCUGCACCUGCGCGAGUACCAGGAGCUCCUGAAUGUCAAGAUGGCUCUGGAGAUUGAGAUUACAACAUACAGAAAACUUAUCGAAGGAGAGGAUCUGCGACUCUCUGGCAUGAUGCAAACCCUGUCUCUUGCAAGCUGUAGCAUGAGCGCCAUUGGUGGUGGGAUGAGCUUCGGUGGAGGAGGCAUGGGUGGUGUUGGUGGAAUGGGUGGCGGGAUGAUGGGAGGUAGUGGCGGAGGUGUUGGAGGCAUGGGGGGUGGAGUAGGAAUGGGUGGAGGCAUUGGUGCAGGAGGCAUGGGCUCAGGACCAGGCAGUGGUGCUGGAGGAAUAGGUGGAAGGAUGGCUGCUGGAGCUGGGGGUGUAGGUGUGGGGGGAAGAGCUGGUGCAGGAGGUGUGGGUGCUAAUGGAGGAAUGAGUGGUGUUGGUGGACUGGGUACUGGAGGUGUUGGUACUGGUUCUGGUUCUGGUGCUGGUGCUGGGGGGUUGGGCUCUGGAGCUGGUGGUGUAGGCUCUGGAGCUGGUGGUGUGGGCUCUGGAGCUGUAGGUGUGGGCUCUGGAGCUGGUGGUGUGGGCUCUGGAGCUGGAGGUGUAGGCUCUGGAGCUGGAGGUAUGGGCUCUGGUGUUGGGGGAUUGGGCACUGGGGCUGGAGGUAUGGGUGUGGGUGGUGUUGGAAUGGGUUCGAGUGGUGGCACUCUAGGUUCAGGUGGCAUGGGCACCACUGGCACGGGGUACAGUGGAGGAAUUGGCGGUGUUGGUGGAGGAGCAGGUGAGGGAAUUGGUGGAGGCAUCGAUGGAGAUGGAGGGAAAGACCGUGGAAUGGGUCCAGUUGGAAUGGGUGGCGGUAGAGGAACUGAAAGUGUGGGUGGGGGCGAUGUAGCACUGUCAGGCAUGGGAGGAAUCGGGAAGACUGGUGGAGGUGACACCAGCGGUGCCGGGAUGGGAUAUGGAUCCGAUGGAUAUGACGGCAUCACUGAGCCCUACGCAGAGCAGGCUGUGGAGCUGACGGAGAGGAGGACGGUACUCAUUAGAACUGUCAAAACAGAGGACGAUGUGCUGGAGAUGGACCACCAGGAACAAACCUACACCAUCACUGGUGCAGCCGAUGACUCUGAUGAGGAAUGA